AUCAGCGGCGAUAGUGCCAUCUUUUUCCCCACCCACGUGGCGCAUUUAUAAAUAAGUACGAGGCGGGAAACGGGAAUUUUUGGCGCUGCGAGCGGCCAUCAUGUGCACGGGAGCGUGCGCCAGGGUGGUGGCGUUGCCCCUCUACGUCCUGGCCUUGUUGUCCAUCAUCUGCAACGUCGUGCUCUUCUUCCCCGACCUGGACGGCAAGUACGCGGCCGAGGAUCGCGCCGGCGAGGCCCGGAUCACCGAGGAGGUCAAAUACAUGGGAGGUGUGGUCGGAGGGGGAAUCAUGGUCCUGAUCCCGGCCAUCCACAUCCACCUGACCAGUUCUGGCAAAUGCUGCGCCAACCGUUGCGGGAUGUUCCUGUCCGUCGGCUUCGCGGCGGCCGGCGUGGCGGGCGCCGUCUACAGCCUGAGCGCGGCCCUCCUGGGCCUGGUCAACGGGCCCAUGUGCUUCUGGAAAAACGAGCAAAAUCCCUCGGGGGAAUGGGGGGUCCCCUUCGCAAACAGCAGCGGCAGCUACCUGACGGAAAAGGAAACGUGGAACCGGUGCAUCGUCCCGGAGGGUGUGGUGGAGUUCAACGUGGGGCUGUUCUCCACCUUAGCGGCGGCGGCCUCCCUGGAACUGGUCCUCUGCCUCGUUCAAAUGGUCAACGGGCUUUUCGGAUGCAUCUGCGGCACCUGUUCCGGGAAAGAGUAAACCUGGUCGAGCGCUCGACGAAGAGACCACGCGGGCGGACGCCAUUUCUCCAAAAAGCUCAAGUGUCGGCCCUCUUAUUCCCCCGCGACGUGAUUGUGCUCGUUUUCGCUCUGCGUGUGUGUGUGAGG